AUGUGGUCGCGAAAGCAGUCGGUGUGCAGUGCAGUAAGCGGAGCCUCUAAAGGUGAUGAACCUCUAUCGACCGGAGUUCAGAUGUAUCCAUUUGCAGUGGCCUUAAGGGUUAGAGUUUUGCAGAUUGUCUGUGGAAUUGGUGGUCUAGUAGUGGGCGCAGUUGGUUGGCUGGAAGAAAAACAAAAGCCAGCACUUGGAUUAGGCGUACCAGCGGGAGCAAUAACAGUCAUUGCCGCAAAUGCAAUAGUACAACUUGCAUAG